UGAGAAAAAAAAAAGAAAAGAAAAACACACCAAAAAUUUUUUUGCUAGAAAAAUUUUUUUUUUGUAAAACACACAUCCCCAGGAAACACCUAAAAAAAAAUAUAAAAUAAAAAGUGUUUUCUCCAAGGAUUAGUUUAUUAAUUAAAAAGAACAACUGUGCUGUGUACAAUUGUGUAAGGAAGCAACAAAAAAAGAAAGAUAAUUUCUAACAGUGUCAGCGACUUUUGAUUGCGAGAGAAAAAAGUUGAAGAAAAAAUCACCCAGGAAAUAAUGUCUGCGAUGAAUCCGGAAUACGACUACCUCUUCAAAUUGCUUUUGAUUGGUGAUUCUGGAGUUGGAAAAUCAUGCCUUUUGCUUCGUUUUGCCGAUGAUACCUACACAGAGAGUUACAUAAGCACAAUUGGAGUGGACUUUAAAAUUAGAACAAUUGAGUUGGAUGGAAAAACUAUUAAAUUGCAAAUCUGGGAUACUGCUGGUCAGGAAAGGUUUCGAACAAUUACUUCGUCAUACUAUCGUGGCGCCCAUGGUAUUAUUGUUGUUUACGAUUGUACGGACCAAGAGUCAUUCAAUAAUGUCAAACAGUGGCUUGAAGAAAUCGAGCGUUACGCAUGCGAGAAUGUAAAUAAAUUGCUUGUAGGAAAUAAGAGUGAUUUGACCACUAAAAAGGUCGUUGAGCAUAACACUGCUGCCGAAUAUGCAAACCAAUUAGGCAUUCCAUUCCUUGAGACAUCGGCCAAGAGCGCAACUAACGUGGAACAAGCUUUCAUGACAAUGGCAGCUGAGAUUAAAAACCGCGUCGGACCGCCGUCAAGCUCCACCGAGCCGGCCAGUAAUCUUAAGAUCGAUCCAGGGCGUCCAGUGGAAACUACCAAAUCUGGUUGCUGUUGAAUGCUUUAAAAUUAUUAAACAAACAAAAAAAAAUACAACUACACACACACACAUAAUAAAAAAUAAUAAUAAUAAAUAAUAAAAAGAAAACUUAUUAAAAUUAAAAAAAAAGAACAACAACAACAACCAUACAUAAAAGUUGCAAACAAAAAAUAUGAAAAAUAACGCGCGCCGACGAUGACGCCACACGCCAACGACAGGUUAUGCGUCGUCAGCCACCACCAACCCCCAAAAAAAGUGCAUUCUCCUCUUAGUUGCACAACAUUCAGAAAACAAAGAACAAGAAAAAAAGGCAAACAAAAAAUUAUAUUUCUAGCGUAUCAUUUAUUCCGCUUUAAAAUUAGUUUAAAGUCGGGCUAAAAGUAAUAAAAAUAAUGAAUAUGUUCACUUAAUCUAAUACCUAUAUACAACAAAUAUAUAUAUAUUAAAAAGUAAAAAAAAACAAAAAAAUCGAACACAGCAUUAAAUAAGACGUCCUAGUUACUUUCUAACUGAACAAAAUAUAGAAAAAACACUUUUCGUCAUUCUACUUCUUUGCAAUCUUCGUCGCAAUCUUUGUUUUGUUUUCGUUUUUUUUAAUAUUUGUUUCAUUUCAAAUCCCCCACAAAAAUUUAUUUAAGAGUUGCGCGCUUUUUUCUUAUUAUUCAUUUUUAUUGAUAAUCAUUUAUUUUAUAUUUUUUAAUUUUUACAUAUUUUUUAUGGUAUUAUAGUUUAUUUUUUUUGUUUUCGUUUUUUUUUUUAAUUUGCAAAUAUUCUCGUAACCUAAAUAUAUUUUUUUAAUUAAAUAAAUAAACAACAAAACAUGAAAAACAACAAACAAAAAAACGAAUGAAACCAUAAAGAGAGAUUAUAAGAGAGAAAGUAAAGAAAUAAUAUUCUUCUGCUGCUGCUGCAAUAAAUAUUGUUCUCUUUUAUGUUGAAAAACGAAAAAAAAAGGCGGAAAACAAUUUAAUAAAAAUAUAUAAAUUAAACAAAAAAAAAACAA